GCUGCCCCAUCAGGAAAACCGUCCCUAUUGCGGCAGCACUGCUUGGGUAAGCAGCCACGCCUUACAAAUGACUUUGGGCGAAUAGCUGCGCGGCGCUGUGACGUGCUCACAGCUACGACGUCCAGAGUCGAGCCACUUCGGCGUCGCAGCGCCGGGCGUGAUGCGGGUGGAUUUGAAAUCGAAAAAGAGCUGCGGCCGUUUGGAUCGAUAUGGCGAUGUAGCCAGUAGUAUAUAUAUAUCGCGGGGAGGGGAAGCUGGAGUUCGUUUUUGUCCAUGUCAAUCUAUCUCAUCUCAUCUCAGCGCAGCUUUUUGAAGAAAGCAAUAUACCACCUAUAUAAUAACACUGCUCUAUACACCGCCAUUCGAACAAGAAGAAGAUCAAAUAAGAGCUUCAACAAGACAGCAAAAGAAUAACGUUAAUCAAUCUUAAGAACAAAAACAUAAACACACUACACACAACUCACAACCAAACAAUGGCCGUCAUCUCCACAGUCCCCCGCGGCGACGUCACCGCAAACCUCAACUUCUUCACGGCCCCCUCCGACGGCGAGGUCCCCUUCAACCUCGUCGGCGACGGCCACGCCCCGGAACUCGCCCGCCGCAACUACGGCGACGACUUCCACGACGUCGUCAUCCACGACGUCCGCGGCCGCGAGUCCGACUUCAACGUCGACCGCGACGCCUUUGAGCUCGUCCAGGGCGUGCCGCCCUCCGCAGAGCCGGACUUCGUCGACGAGGACUCCAUCAAGAAGAACUACUACCCAGAGGUCGAGCGCCUGCUGCUGGACAAGAUCCCCGGCGCCGACAAGGUCUACAUCUUUGACCACACCAUCCGCCGCUCCGACCCAGACGCCCACCGCUCGCCCGUCCUGCGCGUCCACAUUGACCAGACCGCCGCGUCGACGGAGAAGCGCGUGCGCCGCUACUUCCCCGACGAGGCCGACGAGCUGCUCAAGCGCCGCUACCGCAUCGUCAAUGUGUGGCGAAGCCUGAACAAGGGUCCUAUCGAGGCCACGCCCCUCGCCCUGGCGGCUUCGGCCACGCUCGACGAGAAGGACGUCACUCCCAUCUCGCACCGCUACGCCGAUGGCUACAAUGGCGAGACGGCCGCCGUCAACUACAACCCCAACCAGAAGUUCUACUACUUCAGCGGCAUGACUCCCGAUGAGCGUCUCCUGAUUGAGUGCUUCGACAGCGAUUCUCUGAAGCCUGGCUCCAAGAUUGGUGGGCGGACGCCUCACACUGCUUUUGUUGAUCCCAGGACGAGGCCUGAUGCCGAGGGACGAGAGAGCAUUGAAGUCCGAGCCUUGGUCUUUGGUAACUAAGGAAAGACAAUUACAAGAAAAAGAAAAAGAAAAAAAAAAAACUGCCCGGCCUUGUUGGGGAAAUUUAGCUUUGGGAUGCAUAAACCGGCGCCUAUGCCUGAUUUUAUAGGGGUGUGCAAAUAAUGUAACAAACUGCAUGGUAGAGGAUGUUGGCAUGUUUACUUGCUUUGUGGGAUAGUCUUCUUUUUAGCUAGCGUUGAAAUAGGGUGAGAUACGAUUUGUAUAAUGAACAAGAACAAUCAUUUC